AUGGCAACUCAGUACGAAGUCGAGCACAAUGUGCAGUUCACCGAGCCCCGCCGCGGCCGCCGCGUCGACAUGGCCUCCUUCUUCUCCCUCCUCAACCGCGUCGCCGAGACGCCCGCCGCCGCCGCCACCCCUGCCCACAACCCGCACGCCACGCCCACCCCCGCCGACACGGCCGACCUCUUCCGCAUGCUGCAGGACCAGCUGCUGACCCUGCACACCACCGCGCCCACCGCUGACAAUCGCUCCUUCCUCGAGCAGCUCAUCUCCUCUCUCGACGGCGAGAUACAGGACCCGCCGGCCUCGCUGCGCGGCGUCUCGCAGGAGUUCCUCGACGGCCUGGACCGCGUCGCGCGCAAGACGCUCGCAAGCGACGACGACUGCGCCAUCUGCAAGAUCCCCUACCUCGAGGAUGACUGGUGCCUGGUCGUCGAGCUGCCGUGCCGCGGCCGGCACCGCUUCGACCUCGAGUGCGUGGGGCCGUGGCUGCGCAGCGUCGGCACGUGUCCCAUGUGUCGCGAGGAGAUGAUCAAGAAGAAGGAGCUCCCGGUGGUCGAGGAUGAUGAGGAGGAAGAUGGCGACAUGAUGUAUGCGUAA